AUGACGCACAGAGUCACGGGCUACUUGAGGAGGAGCAAUUUACUGAUGGAUGUGGUUUUAUACAGCCAGGUACUCUGGAUGAGACGCCUUCGUGUUCUCCGACGCCUUCUUGUCAAGUAUCGUGCCGCUGGCAAGAUUGACAAGCACCUCUACCACGAGCUCUACCAGUUGAGCAAGGGUAACACAUUCAAGCACAAGCGUGCAUUGGUCGAACAUAUCCACAAGGCCAAGGCCGAGAAGCAACGUGAGAGAGUCCUCAAGGAGGAAAUGGAUGCCAAACGUGCGAAGACGAAGGCUGCUCGUGAGAGGAGGCAGGAGCGCAUCCAGACAAAGAGAAGCGCUUUGGCUGGUGACGCCGAGGAGGAGACCAAGGCUGAGUAG